AUGCCGAAGCAUGCAGGGAUCACCUCCGUGAUCUGGACUACGGGCCAAAUAGUGAGGGACGGCUCCGUGCAGGAGAAAGUUCAAGAAAUCGUGGACGACGUGCCAGCGACAGUCGCUUGUUGCCGCCAGUUCCCACAGUGGCGGCCUGAAGCAGUGGAGAUGCUCGGACUCGACCAGGCGAGGCAGCUCGAAGUUGACAGUGCAGGUGCGGAGUGGAGGCGACCGAUCCGUGGGCGGGUGCGGCUGCCGCGGCAGUUCACUGGCAUGGAGACGGCGGCCGCGGCGGGGCACUGCCGCAGGACGCUGCCUGGCGAGGGUGGCAUUGGCGCGCAGCCGGUGCAGGGCCCGGCCUCCACGCCGUUGGCGCAGCUCCGCAUCGUGAACGGCACGCAGCUCCACUUGGUGAACAAGGAGGCCAGCAUCGCUGCCCAGGUGCUCACAAAGGUGCCGGUGCCUGCGGCGCCCGAGGAGCCCGUGGCGAAGGGCGGCGGCUCAUCCCAAAGUGGCGCCGCCGCGCCGGCCGCUUCCUCAUCUGCAGGCUCGUCUUCCUCGAAGCCGCAGACGUCGGCGCCCCCCCCGCCUGCGGCCCCUGGCUCGGCUGACGACGACAAGCUGAAGGUGAAUCCGAAAUUUCAGAGCUUCGACGCCUACUUGAGGGACCGGAGGUUCGACACAGCAUCUCUUCCGGGCUCGCAGAUCUACAAGACUAGCCGAGUCACGCAGAACGGGAUGAUCAAGAUACCACCAGCCGUCUCGAUCAAGCAGCAGCAAUUUCGGCACGUGGACACUUUAUCCGUCAUCAACGUUCCAGAGAUCGAGAAUUUCAUUGGGUACUGGCAGCACCACCUCCUCGAGAACGCCAUGCAGCGCGUAGGUCACUCCACCACCUGCCUGGGGCACGGCCGCGGAUUAUCUGGAGGACACGAAUUACGAUGA